UCCUCCUAACCUUCUUCCCUUGUGGAAAAUGUUCGUAUCUUCAACCCCUUGUGGGACCUUUCUUUUCUCUCUCAAAUUAAACUCACUUUAUACCAUCACAUUGUACCAUCUCUCUUUCUAAUUUUCUUAAGGCUGCUUGACUAAUUUCAAGAAUUCAUAUCUAUCAUGUUUUUCUCAAUUUUAAAUUGUCCAGAAAAAUGGGUCACUCUUGUUUCCCACAUGAAAAUUACUACUACUACUAGCUAUUUAAAGCUAGACAAACUCUAGAACCUUAUAAAAUCCAUAAGGGUCUGGUUUUUUUAAGUCAAGUUUGGUUUUCUUGAUUUGACAGACUUGAAAUAAGUUACUAAAAAGGGGCUUUAUCACUUAUAUAUAUGGUUUCUUGAGUAAAGUUCCAAACUUUAGUCCUCUUCUGUGUUGCUGAAGUGGUGGGAAUGAAGUUUCUUGAGGCAGUGUCACUAUUUGUUUUCAUUUUGGUACUGCAAAAUAGACAUGGGAACUGUCAAAGGCCUAAUGUUGUGAAUGUGGGUGCAAUUUUUAGUUUUGAUUCAGUGAUGGGUAGGGCAGCUAAGACUGCUAUGGAGUUAGCAGUCUCUGAUAUCAAUGGGGAUCCCAGCAUUCUGAAUGGGACUAAGCUUAAUUUGGUUAUGGCUGAUUCAGAUUGCAGUGUCUUUAAGGGGUCCAUUGAAGCUUUACAGGUAAUUGAGAAGCAAGUGGUGGCAUUAAUUGGUCCACAAUCUUCUGCAAUAGCUCAUAUGAUUUCUUUCAUUGCUAAUGGUCUUCAAGUUCCUCUUAUAUCAUAUGCUGCCACUGAUCCAACACUGUCUUCCCUCCAGUUCCCUUUUUUCCUUCGGACCACACAGAGCGAUUGGUACCAAAUGGCAGCUGUUGCCGACAUUGUCAGCUUUUACGAAUGGAAAGAAGUCAUUGCCAUAUUUCUGGAUGACGACUAUGGGAGAAAUGGAAUAGCUGCUUUAACUGAUGCACUUGCUAAGAAAAUGUCAAAGAUCUCUUAUAAACUACCAUUACCUAUCAAUUAUAAUCUCAGUGAUGUGAUUUAUGUGCUAAAUCAAUCGAAAUCGUUAGGGCCUCGUGUUUUUGUUGUGCAUAUCAAUCCUGACUCCCAAUUAAGAUUCUUCGACGCAGUCGAGAAGCUGAAAAUGACUGGGAGCGAUUACGUGUGGCUUAUGACAGAUUGGUUUUCUACUACUUUAGAUUCUUUCUCCCCAAAAAACGAAUCUUAUCUAAGCACUCUUGAAGGUGUAGUUGGUCUUCGUCCCUAUAUUCCACAAACUAUCCAGAAAAGGACAUUUUUGUCUCGCUGGAGAAAGUUGCAACGGAAUGAGCUGGUAAACUCAGGAUUGACUGCAUAUGGUCUUUAUGCUUAUGAUACUGUGUGGGUCGUUGCACGUUCAAUUGAUAACCUACUUCAACAGGGAGGCAACGUAAGCUUUUCUCUCAGCAGUAUGUUAAAUGGUACAACAAGUGAUAAACUACAGCUUGGGAAACUCAAAGUAUUUGAUAGUGGAGAACUUCUAAUGAAUAUCUUAUCACAAACAAACUUCACUGGCUUAACAGGAAAGAUUCAUUUCACUCCAGAUAGAAAUCUUAUUGGUAGUGGUUAUGAAGUCAUUAACAUUGUGCAACAGGAAAUUCACACAGUUGGCUACUGGUCAAAUUUUUCUGGUCUCUCGAUCUCACCUCCGAAAGCAGUCAAAAACAAAGAAAUGGCUGUUACCAUGAUAAAUCAGAAUCUCAAAAUUGUAACUUGGCCUGGUGGGAAGAGCGAAAAGCCACGUGGUUGGGUUAUUGCUAAUGAUGAAAGACCCUUGAGAAUUGGAUUUCCUAGAAGAGCCAGUUUUCCUGAGUUUGUGACGUUGAAUAAUGACAGCCACCAAGUACUAGGUUAUUGCAUAGAUCUCUUUUAUGAAGCACGAAAGCUUGUGCCUUAUGAUGUUCCUUUCAGAUUUCAGCCAUUUGGUACUGGUCUUGCCAAUCCAAAUUAUGAUGAGCUUGUAACAAUGGUUGCAGAUGAUGUUUUUGAUGCAGCUGUUGGAGACAUUGCUAUUGUCACAAAUAGGACAAGGAUAGUCGAUUUUACCCAGCCUUAUGUGUCUACAGGCCUUGUCAUAGUAGCUCCCAUUGAUAAUGCAGAAUCAAGUGCUUGGGUAUUCCUCAAACCUUUUACACCGGAAAUGUGGGGUGUUACAGCUCUUUCAUUUCUUAUAAUAGCGGUGGUCAUAUGGAUACUUGAGCAUCGUGUCAACGAUGAUUUCCGUGGUCCUCCUAAGAGACAGAUAAUUACAAUGUUCCUGUUCAGCUUCUCGACACUUUUCAAAACAAACCAAGAAAAUACCGUAAGCACUCUUGGUCGAAUGGUAAUGGUGGUUUGGCUAUUCUUACUCCUGGUGAUCACGUCAAGCUAUACGGCAAGUUUGACAUCCAUUCUAACAGUGCAGCAACUUUCAUCACCCAUCACAGGAAUUGAAAGUUUGAUAACAAGCAGUUCAUUUAUUGGAUAUCAAGUUGGGUCAUUUGCUUAUAGCUAUUUGAGAGACAAUCUCAACAUAUCUCCGUCAAGACUAAUAUCUCUACGCUCCCCAGAAGAAUUUGAAAGUGCUCUACGACGUGGCUCAGGAAAUGGAGGAGUGAUGGCUAUUGUAGAUGAACUUCCAUAUGUAGAGUUAUUCCUUCAAAAUCGUACUGAUUUUGGGAUCAUUGGUCGACCAUUUACUAAGAGCGGAUGGGGUUUUGCUUUCAAAAAGGAUUCUCCUCUAGCUACAGACAUGUCGACAGCAAUCCUGAAACUGGCCGAGAAUGGGAAACUUCAAGAGAUCCACGAGAAAUGGUUUUGCCAGUUAGGUUGUCCAGCAGAUAGGAGAAGAGAUUCAGAGCCUAACCAACUCCACUUGAGCAGCUUUUGGGCACUCUAUCUUUUAUCUGGUGCUGUCACUCUCCUUGCUCUGCUUGUCUAUCUAUUCAGAAUUAUUCGCCAAUAUAUGCGAUACAAAAGGAAGCACGCCGACCCUUCUUCUCCUUCAAAUACCAGAUGUUCACAGGCAAUCUACAGUUUCUUUGACUUCAUUGAUGAGAAGGAAGAAGCCAUCAAAAGAAUAUUUGCUCAUGAUACAUGUCAGGCUCAAACAAAUGGAUCCUAAUAUUCUACACAAAUAGUAGUUCCUUAUGGUAGCGAAUUCUCUAUGUGAUUGAAAUUUAGUGAUAUUGCUAGAUAGUAAUGCUAAUAUAUUACUCACCAACUGUAUAUGUCUUGUACAAAUGGCUAUACCAAAUGAAAAAUAUCUUAUUAUCUUGAA